AUGAAGUGGUCCACGCUCGUCGUCUCUCUCCUCCCGCUCGUCUCCGCCGCUCCCAAGAAGCACAAGACACCCGAGACGUUUACCGAGCGCGUCGUCUUCACACCUCCCGACAACUACACUGAUCCGCGCGUGCUAUACGCCCGCACGGCGCAGUUCGAAGAUGGCACCCUGCUCGCAACGUGGGAGAACUACAGCCCCGAGCCUCCCCCAGUGUACUUCCCCAUCUUCCGCUCCACCGACGGCGGUUACAGCUGGAAGGAGAUCUCGCGUGUCCAGGACACAGCCAACGGGCUAGGCCUCCGCUACCAACCCUUCCUCUACAUCCUGGACGAACCCUUCGGCGACUUCCCCAAAGACACAGUCCUCCUCGCCGGCAGCUCGAUCCCCACCGACCUCUCCAGCACGCAAAUCGACCUCUACGCCUCCACCAACCGCGGCCGCACCUGGACCUUCGUCUCGCACAUCGCCGCCGGCGGCGAAGCCAUCCCCAACAACGACAAGACCCCCGUCUGGGAGCCCUUCCUCUUCCGUCACGGCCCCACCCUCAUCUGCUUCUACUCGGACCAGCGCCAAAACACCACCUACGGCCAAAAGAUGGUCCACCAAACCACCACCGACCUCCGCACCUGGGGCCCCGUCACCGACGACGUCACCUCCCCCAUCUACACGGACCGCCCCGGCAUGCCCACCGUCGCCACCCUCCCAAACAACAAACUCAUUAUGACCUACGAGCACGGCGGCAGCGCCGUGCUCCCGGGCUACCAAUUCCCCGUGCACUACAAACUCACCAGCGACCCGGAAGCGUUCGGCGCCGCCGCGGGCGUGCCGCUGCGCACGGCGGACGGCUACGUCCCGACGGGGUCGCCGUACGUGGUGUGGAGCGCGGCGGGCGGGGCGAACGGCACGAUCAUUGCGGGCGCGCACAGCUCGGGCGAGGUGUUUGUGAAUACGGGGCUGGGCGAGCCCGGGUCGGAGUGGCGGCGGGUGGGGACGGGCGCGGGGAAUGCGUAUACGAGGCAUUUGAGGGUGUUGAAGGGUGCGCCGCCGAGGUUGUUGAUUAUGGGGGCUGGGCAGCUGCCGCCGAGUACGACGAAUAGGGUGCUGGUGAGCGUGUUGGAUAUUGGGGAUUGGUAG